AUGAAUUCAACACAAAGUGAGGAUGAUGAUCAAGAAAAGUUGUGUUUUGAUCUCAAUAAUAGUCCUCCAUCUGAUUCGUAUGAAAAAGAAGAUGAGGGUGCACAUCCUUUCAACUUAAACUUGCCACCAAUAGAAGAAAUAGAGGUUGUUUAUUUGGAUGGUGAUGGUGAUGGUGAUGGUAAUUAUUUUGAAGAAGGAUUUGAGGGAGAUUUUGUUAACGACUUUGAAGAGUUAGAAGAAGAACUUGGAGAUGAUUCCUUUGAAGAAGAGUUGGAGUAA